AUGGCUUCACAAAUUGCUGAAGGCUCCAGCUCAGGGGCUCAGAAGACAAAUGCCCAGUUGCUGAAAGAGAAGCAUGAGGAGGUGGAGGCACAUAAUCCUACUGUUGAAGACGCGGUAGACGAAGAGGACAUGGAACACCCACCUCCUUCAUCCAACAUUUCACACCCUGUCGACAAUGGCAGCAUGUCUGAGGAAGCGGUAGGAAAGCAGAGGGUAGAGGUUCCGCCUAAGAAAAGUACUCUCUUGGACACCCAGUCAGAGGAGCUAUUUCCAUCCUUGGGUGGUGGGUCCAAGCCUCGUGCGGCCGCAGCAACUGCACCAGCCUGGGGAGCAAAGAAAGCCACACAAGCUUCUCGCUCAGCUGCAAAUGGCGUUUCUAAUGGCCUUUGGUCUGGCCCACCCGGCGCAAGUCCACUGUCUUCUAGGGCAUCAACCCCUCCUUCUGGCAUUCUUACUCCAGCCUCAAGCAGUGCAAUAAAUAAUGCCCAGUCAUCCAGAAAGGGUCCGAUGCAAAUGGCCAUGCCUGGCAAAUAUACUGAUAGUAUCACUUUGGUCCCAGCUCAAAUGGACAAGACCAGACCCAUUCAGCCGUAUCUUGACAAACUAAAUAAGAAGUCAAGAGCAACUGUAACAAGACACACUGCUGGCGAGGGCUCAUCAAUCGUGUUUGAGGGGUCAGGACCGAAGAAAGACGUCAGUGAAGCACUGCGAACUAUUGCCCGGGACCUCUGUGCGAAGCAGAAACUACGCUUACCUGUUCCUGCAUCAUGUCGUGCACACAUCAUUGGCCAAGGCGGUAACGUGAUCAAAGACAUUUCUGCCAGGACGGGGGCGAAAAUCCAUGUACCCAAAUCCGAUGUUCCAACGAACUACCAGGACGAUGAUGAUUCUGUCACUAUUGACGUUGAGAUUGAAGGAGAUCCGUAUGCUGUAGAGCUGGCACGACUAGAGAUUGACAAGAUCGUUUCGGCUCGCACUUCAAGAGUGAACAUGCGGCUGAAAGACAUACCUCCAGAGUUUUUCCCCUUUCUAGCUGGUCCACAUAAUGCAUGGAUUGAUGCAAUGGAACGAGACAGGGACUUGCAGAUCCAAGUACCACAUUUCCAUACUUGGCAGCACAAGCCGCCUCCUCGUGUCUCAGGGCCGGAUGAGCGUCCUGACUUCCAGCCGCACCCCAAUCUGCAUGUACAAAUUCAGCUCGAGCAACAGGUAGAGCAGCUUCGGAGGCAGCUAGCUGUGGAAGACCACUCUUUCCAGCGCGGACACCACCAAUUUAUCAUUGGUGAGAGGGGCAUGUCACUGCAUGAUUUCUUGGAAGAGACGGGAUGCGUUGUUGUCCUGCCUCCUGAGCAUGAUGAUACGGAAGAUAUCACAAUCAUUGGCCCCGCUGAGAAAUUGCAAAUUGGUGUUGACCGAGCUGCUAGUCUUGCUGCAGAAAUGCAGAUGGCGAACCUCGACCCUCGGCGAUAUUUUACAGACGCUCUAUAUGGCCUUGACGCUCACUCUCGAGCACUGUCCAGAUACUUGCAAGAAAGACAGCUAGAGGAGGAAAUCGAACACCUCUAUGGCGCCCAGCUCGCCUUCCCUCCGUUGUCAGAUCCAUCUGUCAACUGGGAGAUUUACUCCCGCGACAUGAAGAAAAGCAUCCAAGCUCGCUCUGACUUGGCAAAGAUCAUCCAGGCUCACCCUCCUGCCAAGCUAAGCCUGGUCGAAGUAGAUCCGUUCUUCCAUCCCUAUUUGCGACAGCAAUGUCUCCAGACUUUACGUAAUGAGUACGGGGUGAACAUGAUAGUCCCUCGAGACGGUGAAUCUGAGCAUGUUAUCCUCGUUUGCGAGGGGCCAGAGGGGACGCAGUCGCCAUUCCAGAUCCCUCGUCAGCGUCCUUCGGAAACAGAGAUCGCUUCGUUCCAGGAAGCGCUACGUCAAGCAAGAGACCAAUUGCUGAGCAUCAUUGGGGAUAGAUCCGAGGUAGCCACCAGCCAAGUUGAGGUUCCUAGAAAGUUCCAAGAGAAACUGCAGAAACAUAUUGAUCGAGAGCAGAAACAAACACAGCAGAAAUUCCCAGUCCAAAUUGUCCUGGGCGAGCCCCACGACGGCACUCGCAGGCAAGCUUCAAAUUCUGGCGCGCCGUCUUCGGAGAAUGAGGCUCUACUUCGUGGAUUGAGCUCCGACGUCGCCGACUGGGAAGCAAAGAUUAUGCAGUUCUUAGAGAAUGCUGAGAAAGAGGAGCAGGAGCGUGGCUAUACCACGUCAUUCGACUUUCCUACCAAAUUCAACGGUUAUCUGAUUGGCAGAGAAGGCGCCAAAAUCAAAGAAUUGCGAGAACAAUUCGAUGUGGAUAUCCGGAUGUUGGACGAUGGCAAGAUCGAAGUGCAAGGUCCCAAAGCAAAGGCUGAUGCUUGCAAAGACCAUAUCAUCGGGCUACGCAAGAAAUACGAAGACGAAGCCACCUAUAUCCUCAAAAUUGAGCCAAGAUUUCAUGGCCAAUUGGUGGGCAAGAAAGGAGCUGAUGUCAACCGAUUGCAGGACAAGUAUAGUGUAAAGAUACAGUUCCCACAAUCAUCCAAUGCACAUGAUGAUCAGUCGAGUGCAGACGCCGCGAGUGAUGCAGGGCCGAGACGUCCAGCACGAUCCAAUCAGGCACAAGAUGAGGUUGUGGUUCGAGGUCCACGUCAAGGUGCAGAAAAGGCACGAACAGAAAUACUUGAUCUAUAUCAAUAUGCGAAGGACAACUCCCAUAGUGCUACAAUUUCUGUAGCUAGACAGCAUUUGGGGUCUUUGAUUGGUCAAAGAGGCAGCGAGAUUGACCGUCUUCGCCUGGAGACUGGAGCCCAGAUCGAUUUUCCCGACAGACAGGAAAACGCAGAUCCAAAAGCACAUGCUGAGAUUGUUAUCAAGGGAACAAAGCAGGCUGUGGAUGCGGCAAAGGCAGAGAUACAGAAGAGAGUGAAAUCACUGGAUGAUACUGUCAACAGAUCCUUGGACAUCGACAGAAGAUACCACGGUUCUCUUAUUGGCGCUCAAGGGGCCAAUAUCAGACGGAUAGUGGUAGAAGCAGGUGGGCCGGAACAGAGCCAUCAGGUAGUGAAAUUCCCGGAACGAGGGUCAGAGUCAAGCACGAUUCGCAUUGAAGGAUCCGAAAGCGUUGUAGCACAAGUAGCUGCUGCGAUUGAAAAGUUCGUCCUCGAUCAAGAGAAACAGACUACCGAUUCGAUCGACGUACCUGCGGAGAAGCAUGGCCAACUUAUUGGACAAAGGGGCGAAGCCAAGCGGAGUCUUGAACAGCAAUUCAACGUGUCAAUUGAGAUACCAAAGAAGGGCACUGACCGGACCGACAUCAAAAUUACAGGUGCACAGGAAGACGUCGCUAAGGCGAGACGAUACCUCGCUACCCUAGCAGACCAGAGAAAGGAAGGCGAAACCAUCGAUAUGCCCAGACACCUACACCAUGCCAUCUCGGCAAAUGGCAAGCUCUUCCGGCGUUUGAAACAAGACCACGACGUCACAGUCGAUCAUGGAAGCGCAAAACCACCCCCCAAGCAGCAGCCAGGCAGCAGCGGUUCACACUCUCGAACCAAUGGCUCUGCUGGUGCUCCUCUAAUCACAGACGAAGACAGCGCCGACGCCCACUCGUGGGUUAUCAUUCCAGCGGAAGGAAUGGAGGAAGGAGGAGAUGGCUCGACAAUUCCUUGGAACCUCUCCGGCCCUUCCGCCGAAAAAGUUGCCGCAGCCAAGGAACGUGUUCUAAAAGCACUUGAGACCGCCUCGAAGCCAUCUGCGACUGGCUAUCUUACCCUCUCGGAUCCGAGAUAUUAUCGCUUUGUUAUUGGGCCUGGUGGCAGGAACAUUAAUAGUAUCCGUGAGAGGACGGGUUGUGCGAUCCAUGUGCCGAAUGCAAGGGCGGGCAAGGGUGGUGAAGAGGGGGAGGCUAUUGAGAUUGUGGGGAGUCAGGCGGGCUGCGAACAGGCAAAAGACAUGGUGCUGGAAUGUGUGAGGACAGGUGCAGCGAGGGGAUGA